UUUCUUCAAGAUCCAAAGUAUAACAUAUUUUUUUUAGUUAACUUUAGACAGCAAAAAGUAUUAGCAUGGGUAUCACAAAAGCUCUUGUGAUCUUUCUUCACAUUGUCAUAUUAGCAGUUUCGCUCUCCAACCAUGUGGUUUUUACCUCAGGUGCAGAGAUUGAAAAAUUCACAUAUGAUCAUUGCUACCAUUUGUGUGUGCAAGGAGAAUAUGGAUCGCGUGAAUGCUUUGUGGACUGUACUGAAAAAGGAUUUUAUAAAGGAGAUUGUGUAAGCCGAACUCCCACAGAUCCUAUUAGAUGUUGUUGCAAUGACCACUACACUACUAACUAAAAAACUCAUUUUCUCCCUAAUGCUAAACUAUUUUCAAAAGUUGUACUUUUUACUUUCCUAGCAUUGGACUUAUGAGACAAAUUAUUAUCGAUUUGAUUAUACUAAAUUAAAUGAAAUAAAAUAAAAAUUAUGUUAAU